AGCGCGGGGCCAUGGCGGCGCGGGGCCUCCGCGCGGCGCUCGGGGCGGUGCGGCCACGCGGGACGGGCGCGGGCCGCGCUGCGGGGCUGGGAUCGGCCCCGGAGCCCUCGGAGCCCGGCCCCGAACCGGCGGGGCACGCGACGGCCGCUCUCUACGUGCACUGGCCCUACUGCCGCAAGCGCUGCUCCUACUGCAGCUUCAACAAGUACGUGGUGCCGGCGGUGGACGAGGCGGCCGUGCGCGCCUGCCUGGUGCGGGAGGCACAAACCCUGCUGCGCCUCGGCCACGUGCGGAGCGUCACCUCCGUCUUCUUCGGCGGGGGCACCCCCAGCCUGGCCAGCCCGCACACCAUCGCUGCCGUGCUGGAGGCGGCCGCGGAGGUCGCUCAUCUCUCCGCUGGAGCCGAGGUGACGCUGGAGGCCAACCCCAGCUCCGCUGACCCCGCACGCCUCUCUGGCUUCAGGGCAGCCGGCGUCAACCGCUUGUCCCUCGGCGUCCAGUCACUGGACGAUGCUGAGCUGCGGCUGCUGGGCCGGGAGCACACGGCGGCGGAGGCGCGGGCGGCGGCGGAGGCGGCGCGGAAGCUCUUCCCUGGCCGCACCUCCCUCGACCUCAUCUUUGGGCUGCCGGGGCAGAGCCACGAGGCCUGGGCGCGCGGCCUGGAGGCGGCGCUGGGGCUGUGCGAUGACCACUUGGCCCUGUACCAGCUGACGCUGGAGCGGGGCACGGCGCUGGAGGCCCAGGUGCGGCGGGGGGCCCUGCCCGAGCCCCCCGAGGAGCUGCUGGCCGACAUGUACCUGAGCGCCCGCGCCACGCUGGCGGCCGCCGGCUUCCACCAGUACGAGGUCUCCAAUUUCGCCAGGAAGGGCGCCCGCAGCACCCACAACCUCUCCUACUGGCGGGCCGAGCAGCACGUGGGCGUGGGGCCAGGGGCGCACGGCCGCUUCGUGCCGUGGGGAGAGGGCGGCCGGCAGCGCGAGGCACGCGUGCAGACACCGCACCCUGACGCCUGGAUGCGGGAGGUGCGGAGCCGCGGGCAUGGCACCCGGCGGCGGGCGGCGCUGAGCCCACUGGAGCUGUUGCAGGAGGUGCUGGCGCUGGGGCUGCGCACGGAUGAGGGCGUCACGCAGCAGGUGAGCACCGCCGGCCUCGGGCGCCGUGAGGAGGAGCUGCCGCUGACGGGUGGUCCCUCGCAGCGCUGGGGGCUCUUCUCCCCCAGCCUGAGCCUGGAGGCCGCGUUCGGGGCGCCGGGGGAGGCGAGCGCGCUGCAGGAGCGGGGCUGGCUGCGUCUGAACGGGCGGGCGCUGCGCUGCACUCCCGCCGGGCUGCCCCUGCUGGACUCGCUGCUGCCUGCGCUGCUGUGCCAGCUGCGGCGCCGCUGGAAGACGGUGGAGGAAGACGGCGGGGGACAGGGCCCGCGCUGAGGCCUCGGGGCCGCGGUGUCGGCUGCGGGCAAUAAACGCCGUGAGACACCGGC